GAAAAAACAAAACUCAGCUGUUUGUUUUUAAUACUGUUUCGUUUAAUUUUUCUACUUUAUACGAGUAAUUUACAAAAAUGACAUCGGCAUUUUCUAGCCCUGAUGCGGCUGUCUUGGAAAGAGAAGCAGAUCUCGCAGAUAACGAAGCACCGGAAGUUACAAUCGAUCUAAUAUGGGGAGAAGACCAAAGCAAGAAAUGCAUGGAAUGGAUAAGAGCUAAUAAAUACAAGAGGGUGUGUUUACAGUUUCCCGAUAGCUAUUUGAAAUGUAGUGAAGCGAUUGCCUCAAGCAUAAAGGAUCAAUUGGGGGAACCAGAUGAUGUUAAAACUUUUAUUUUGGCGGACACCUCUUAUGGCAGUUGUUGCGUAGAUGAAAUAGCUGCUGCUCAUGUGGAUGCCGAUAGUCUAGUUCAUUUUGGAAAUGCAUGUCGCAGCAAGGUAUGCCGUUUGCCCGUUUUAUACUGCUUUCCUCAACUGCACACAGACUUGUCCAAAUUCAAUGAAUAUGUAAAAUCCCUUGUCGAGCACACCGAAGAGAAAAAUGUCACUGUAUACUUGGAUAUUGGCUAUCAUCAAUUGCUUAGUGACUCUUUAGAACAACAGUUAGUGGGCAUUUUCCAACAACUUAAAGCUAAACAAGUUGACAUUAUAUCAUAUUGCGGUGACAAACAUGCAGCCAUUACAGAGGGCAAAAUUUCCAUUACGGCCGAAGGCGAAUUGGCAAAUGAAAUGGACCCCUCAAGAUUGUGCCUAUUUGUGGGUGGUGACAACCAACGAUUCUUCAAUCUGUCACUUACAACCAAGGCAGCUAAAUGGUUUAUUUAUGAUACAUACAAAGCUGUUGGCAGCGAAAAGAAUCCUCUCACAGCUAAUUACAUAAGGCGCAGAUAUUUCUAUAUAGAGAAGUGCAAGGACGCCCAGAUGUUGGGCCUGGUAGUGGCUACCCUAACCUCCAAUGGCUACUUAGAUGUCGUCAAACGUUUACAGACUAUGGCCAAGGCUAGAGGCAUCAAAACGCAAAUUAUCUCAGUUGGUCGCAUAAAUCCAGCCAAACUUGCUAAUUUCCUAGAAAUUGACUGCUUUGUCCUGAUUGGCUGUCCAUUCAAUAAUAUGUUCGAGUCAAAAGAGUUUUAUAAACCAAUUGUGUCUGUUUUUGAAGCCGAAAUGGCGUUGAAUCCCGCUUGGCAUAUGCGUUAUCCAGAAUCCUAUGUUACUGAUUUCAUGGAUUUGCUACCAGCAGGUCGAUGUUUUCUUGAAUUCAACGCCAACGAUGUAAACCCAGAAGAUGUUAGUUUGCUCACCGGGCGUCUGCGCUCCAAUGGCACAAAUGGCAAUUGUGUGGAAACGGCUAAUUUAUCGGCUUUAUCCGAACAACAACAAUCAGUGGCAACUCAAGCGAGAAUGGAAAUGAUGACAACAAACACUGGGUUAACAUUCGAAGACCGAACUUGGCGAGGACUUAAUCCCGCCCUGGGACAAACGGAACCAGCAAAAUUAGAAAAGGGAUUAAGUGGAAUACCCAUUCGAUAUACACACGAUUAACAGAAUAAUUUAACGCCAAGUACUUAAUUACAAUUCCACGAACAACAUCGUCCUAUGUAUUGUAUUCGUUUAAUAGUAUAACUUUGAUAUGUAACUUUUUAUGUAUAUGUCCAUAGUGGCAUGGGGCGGAUUUGUAUCCGCAUCCACUUUUCAACCUAAACUUUUAUGCUUUUCGUAUAAUUUAAUAACCAUAAAAUUUGCAAAAAUAAGAGAUUA